GAAGAACCAACAAUAACUGAAGUACAAGAGGAACUUCCAAAAGAAAACAUUCCUGUUCCAAACUUGAAAAAAAAAUCCAAGAAGAAUGCUGAAAACCUAGCUAAUCUUGAUACAAUUAUGAUACAUACAGAAGAGGUAACUAAGAAAAAUGAUAAAACUGAUGACAAGCUAAAAUCUCUCUACAUCCAAGAAGAGAACCUGCAAACCUCUUAUGAAGGAAGGGUUAUUACAGCAGACAUCUUAUAUAAAAAGUAUCUCUUCAAGAUUACAAAUGUCUAUGCUCUACCGAACAUGAAAGACAGAACAGCUUUCUUUGAAAAUUGGAUUCCUCCUUUUGAUGAAGACAAGAUAAACAUUAUUGCAGAAAAUUUUAAUACAAAUCUAGACCCAACCAUAAACAGAAUAAGCCAAGCCAAUGCACAAAAUAACCCAUCAAG